AGUAGGAAAUAAUUAUCAACAUUAUAUUUAGUCAAAUUUAGCAAAAACAAAAGAAACAAAGAAACAAAGAAAAAAUGUGGGCAGGAUACUGGCUAUGCUCAAGCUUUUUCUUUUCUUCGUGGGGAGAUCGCAUGUGGAAUUUUGCUGUUGGAUUAUAUUUAGUAAAAAUAUCACCUGGGUCCUUGCAACUUACAGCCAUAUACGGCACAGUGGUAACAAGUUCAGUUAUACUGUUUGCUCCAGCCAUUGGGAGCUGGAUUGAUCGAAAUAACCGUUUAGUAGUUAUACGCACCUUACUGUUGUUACAAAAUGGCUUUAUAGUUUGUUCAGCAUUGUUUGUUAGUUUAAUUCUGUUUAGAAUCACAGAAAACAAAAAUAUAUUAAAGUUAUUCGAAGUUUUGAUAAUUUUAUUUGGAGCUGCAGCAAAUCUAGCGUCACAAGGUGAACAGAUAUCAAUUACUAGAGAUUGGGUGGUUGUGAUUUGCCUUAAUAACAAAGAUAGUAUGGCAAGGUUGAACGCUCAAAUGCGUAGAAUCGAUUUGACCGUCACAAUACUUGCCCCAGUUGCUGUUGGCUCUCUCAUGUCAUUGAUAUCUGAUUUAUCUGGAAUAGCUUUUAUAUGUGUAUGGAAUAUUUUAUCUGUUUUUUCAGAAUAUUUUCAGUUACGUCAUAUUCAUCAAACAGUUCCCGAGUUAACAAAAAAACAAAAAAAUGAGUAUACCGCCUUAGAAGAAACUGAAAAUGACCGCCAAGUAGCAUCAAGGUCAAGUGCAUUUGAAAAAUUUAAAAAUUUUUAUGCGGUUUUGAAUAUAUAUAAAAGACAAAAUGUUUUCUUGGCUGGUGUUGCUUUUGCUAUAUUAUCCCUUACUGUACUUGGUUUUAAUUCAGUAACAGUUGGAUAUGUUUACUCGCAGUCGGUAAAGGAGAUUUACGUUAGCAUUUUAUUUGGGACAGGAGCUUUAUUUGGGAUUUUGGGAACAAUGAUUUUUUCGUUUUUAAGAAAUAGAAUUGGCUUGGUAAAAACUGGCAUUAUUGCACUUGGUUUUAAAUGCAGCAUGUUAUUGUUAUGCGUUGCAUCGAUUUGGGCUCCUGGAAGUCCGAGUAGUUUUAAAGUAUCUUCAAAAAAUUAUAUUACUGGAAUAAAUAAUACUAUUGUAAAUAGUUCUAUAACAAGUAAUAACAGUUUAUUUUAUGUACAACCUCAUAAUCCUAGUUACGUUUCUAUAUUGUUGCUUAUGAUUGGGAUAAUUUUAUCCCGUACUGGGUUGUGGAUGUUUGAUCUCACCAUAACACAGCUGCAACAAGAAAAUGUUGAAGAAGAAUUUCGUGGGGUUGUUGGUGGAGUACAAUUUUCUUUAAAUUCUAUUUUAGAUUCAACGCAAUAUAUAUUAACUAUUUUUCUCUAUAGACCUGAAGAUUUUGGAAUUUUAGUUCUUAUUUCAUUUUGUGCGGUGUUUUUAAGCUUCCUCAUUUAUGUUUUUUUUUUGACCAAGUCAAAGUCUCUUUUAAAAUAAUUUUUAUCUUUUUUAACAAUAUAUAUGAGCUUUUAUAAACUUUAUAUUAACAUCUUUGAUUUAUCAAUAAACCAACAUAAAUUGUUCUUAAAAAUCCACUUUGUUAGUUUUUUUAACUGAACUUUAAAAACAAUCUCAAUAUUAAUAAUUGAAAAGGUUUUUGGAACUUUAUACGUCAUUAUUAGACACUAGAUAAUCGAGGAUCGAGGGGCACAGUGAAAAAUUGGUAUUUCUACAAAGAUUAGAACUUUGUUCAUCUUGAUAAUGUUAAUCAUUUUAUGUGCUCAUAUAUCAGUCAUCUUUUUUUAUAGUUGUUAUCACAUAAUUUUUGACUACCGGUUUUUGGUAGGUAAUUUUUGUUUUUAGCUAACUAAAGUUAAUUUUCUUACCGUCCUUAUGUUUUUUAUGGAGAUCAUGGUUAAAAUAAUUUCAAAAGUUGAAUUUUUUCAUUCGAAUUAUUGAUAUUUAUGCUUCUUUUUAGUAGUUUAGCUUUUUUUUUAUCAACAUUCAUGUCUCAAGAAAUUAGACUUCAAAAUUAAUUUGUUAUGGUUGGGCACAGUGAUUUGGGGUACAGUGAAUAGGUUGAUUCACUAUGCCCAAUUAAUGAACUUAAAGAUUAAAUUCAUGCAUUUUU